UCAAUAAAAAGGUUAUAAAAUAGAAACUAGGAAGGAGCUUAGUAAAAUCAUAGUGUUCAAUAGUCAUUUAAUUUUUCGGAAAAGUAAUAAAUGGUGAAUCCUUAAUAAAAGGAUUCGAUUAAGAGGAUGGCGUCGACGGGUAGUACUCCUUUCCCUAAGUGGCAACUGGCCAUCCUACUCGGGGCUCCUUUAGCUAUCGGUUUAGGUUACCUUUAUCUAAGAAAUAGAUUAGAAGAUCCCGAGAAGAAGAAAAUUGCCGAGUUAAAAGCAAAGACAACUAUUUCGUUAGAUAAUGAAGACAAUGCAAAAGCUACCGAAAGUGCUAUUGACCGUGCAAUGAAGUUGAAGGGAGCCGGAAAUCGAGCUUUUCAUGCAGGUGAAUACGAUAAAGCUAUUGCUCUUUAUAACGAAGCUAUCGAGGCUUGUCCUCCCGACCGCCCCGUUGAUUUAGCUACUUUCUAUCAAAAUCGUUCUGCUUGCUAUGAAAAACGAGAAAUGUGGGAACAGGUCAAAGAAGAUUGUACCUUUGCACUUAAACUGAACGAAAAAUAUGUCAAAGCCUUUCUUAGACGAUCACGAGCGGCUGAGAAGAGUGGCGAUCUUGUGCUUGCAUUAGAAGACGUAACAUCUGCUUGUAUAUUGGAAAAAUUCCAAGUACAGAGUUCUCUGGUUAAUGCUGACCGUAUACUUAAAGCUCUUGGCAGACAACAUGCUCGGGAAGCUCUUGCUAAAAGACGCCCAGUCAUGCCAUCCAAACAUUUCAUUAAAACAUACUUUUCUGCUUUCUCUGAAGACCCUAUCUGCAAAAUUAAUUUAGAUGACAGUGCAUUGAAUGGCUUUGCAAAGGCAAGGCAUGCUCUUGAUGGUCAGGAUUACGAAUCAGUGGUAGCAGCUUGUACUGAGGAACUGGAAUCAGAUGGGAAGUACACAUAUGAGGCAUUGCUUUUACGAGCAACAUUUUACCUUCUGCUUGGUAGACAUGAUGAAGCUCAGGCUGAUCUUGCCAAAGUUAUUGAUAGUGAUGCAUCACUAAAAGUUAAAGUUAAUGCCCUCAUUAAGCGUGCAUCUCUAUUUACACAAUUGGAAAAUACAGAGCGUUGCUUGGAAGACUUUGCAAAUGCAGCAAAAUUAGAUCCCAAUAACUCGGAUAUAUAUCACCAUCGUGGUCAAGUAUAUCUUCUCUUAGAAAGAAUGGAUGAGGCAACUGCAGAGUUUGCUAAGGCAGUGGAACUGAACCCUGAUUUCUCGAUUGCUUAUAUUCAGAAGUGUUAUGCCGAUUACAGACAUGCGCAGUUGCACAAAAACAUUGGAGCCUUGACUCAAGUGAGAGCUGAUUUUGAAAAAGCACUCGAAAGAUUCCCAAGGUGUGCUGAGGUGUACAUUUUAUAUGCUCAAGUGUUGUCAGAUCAACAAGAAUGGGGACGCGCAGAAGCUCUAUUUGAAUCUGCACUGGCGGUUGACCCUAAUAAUGCCACACUUUAUGUUCACAAAGGUCUUGUACAAUUACAAAAAAGCACAGAUUUUGACAAAGCUGUCAAGUUAAUUAAUAAAGCAAUUGAAAUAGAUGACAAAUGUGACUUUGCGUAUGAGACACUGGGCACAAUUGAAGUUCAAAGAGGAAACUUGAGGAGAUCUUUGGAGCUUUUCGAAAAGGCAAUCGCAUUAGCCAAAACUGAACAAGAGAUGACUCACUUGUUCUCAUUAAAAGAUGCUGCAGCUGCACAACUGAAAGUCUCGGAGCGUUGGGGACUUGAUUGGACUGUCAGUUAGACCUUACUUUGGUUUCACUUCAAUUACACAACGAGAAUAAAAUCCUGUAUAAAUAUGAUACAUUAAUAUGUUUCGAAAAUACUUCUUAUUUUAAAUUUGCAUUAAAUUUCAUAUUAUAUUUAAAGAAAUAUAUUUUUUUGUUUGCAACACAAUUAGACUCCACCAUAUGAAAAAUAUAAAAUGUUUAUAAAUAAAUGUUAACCAUUAGCCAUGUCUAAAUGUACAAACUGCAGUUGAAUUUAGUUAAUAGUUCAGUAUAAGUCAUUUACUUAUAAAUGUUUCGUCGGUAUCACUUAAUUAUAUUGGAAUCUAAAGUCUCGUUGUGAAAUAAUUGUGUGCAGUCUUGUUGUAAAGCAUUAAGCCGUUGCCAACUCGUCGCUCUGAAAUUCCAUGCUAAAACACAUGCCUCCCCGUACAGAUAAACAUUAUAAUUAGUAUUUAAGUACAUCUGAUAUUGUGACUUUGCUUAUAGCAUAGAAAUUUUUAGGUGUUUUGUGUACAUAUUAUGAAUGUUUGUAUCUAAUUGUGGUUUUAAAAUCUGUUAUGAGAGUUCUGAUCGUCCUCAUACAGACUGAAAAUAUUUAUUUAAUAAUUGGUCGUUACCUAAAUCCUUUUACUAUUUUCAUUGAAUAUUUGUAAUAUUCUAUGUGAUUUAAAUGUAUAGUUAGUAUACUUGUGUCAUUUUAUUUUAUAAAUUAAAAGUACUUAUAUAAUAUUGAAAAGGAUAAAAUGAUAAGAUACAUAAAAUAAAUAUACAUAAGUGUUAAAUUUCUUUGCAGACUUUGUAUUGAAGUCCUGGAUCAUUUUAUCUUCAUUAUUACCUGAGUAAUUGAGGUACUGCUUUUAAUAGUCUCUAUGCAUGUAUAGUUUUUUAGCAAGGCAAACAAAUAUUUAUUAACAAUUUCCAAGUCUUUGCAUUCAAGUAUUUUAUAGCAAGAUAGUCUUGAAUUGUUUAUAUUUGUAUAUUCUAUUGCACAAUGCAAUAAGCAUUUUAAUUACAAUUUUAUAAUAAACAGUACACAUUUGGCCUAAUUCCAUUACUUGAGUCUUGCAUUUAACACUGCCAAUUCAUUGUAUGCUUGUGAAUAUCACUUAUGAUGUCUAAUUACCCAAAUUUAUAUUGAUUUUUCCAUAUUCAAUGAUUGAUAUUUAUCAUAAAUGAACAAAUAUAAUAUUACUUUUAGUAUGGAUAUACUUAUUUUAUUUUAUUUAUUGAUAAAUGCUGCACAGUCCUUAAAGAGUUUCAGUUAGUCUAUUUAUAUAUUUCUGGUUUUUAUACAUUUUCUAUAAUACACAUAUAAUCAUUACAAACUGAAACUUAACUAUAAUUUAAUGAUAUAAAAAGAAGGUAAAUUAUAUUAAAAAAAUACACAUUCUAGUUUAUUUGUGCGUUGCUAAUUAUUUCGUAAAAAAUUGCAAUACUAUGUAUAGUUUAACACGAUGCAUUUUGAUCUAUUCUUACGAAUUGUCUGCAACAUCACAUAAAGUGGCGGUAUACGGUAUGAUAUUCAUGUCUGCGCAUAUAGUUUUUACUAAUCCGUCGGUAGAUAAGACUUGUAAGGUCGACAAAAAUUUGUACUAAUGUGUGGAGCUGGCUUUAUUAUUAUUUUUAACAAAAGUUAUUUAGCAUAGUAUUCUAUUGCCAUUGUAUUGUGUUAGAAAAAAUAAAUAAAAAGACGUUUGGAUAUACGUUCUUUAACAUGUAUACAUAAGAAUUAUUGCUUUUAUCCAUUGUGUAUAUUGUUGAACAAUGUUUAUGUCAAAAUUGUAUUUAUAUUUAGUUAUUGGGGCCAAGUCUGAGUAAAUCAAACUUAGAGAUCUCGAAAAUUGCAGUUAUUUGUGAGAUGUGUUAAAGCGAUGAGUUGAGACGAACGGUAGUGCGAUUACAUGAGCCGGGUGCAUCCAGUAUUAGCGGUUACUAUUGUAAAACAAAAUAUAUCCUAGAGAGUUGGCAAGGAAGCUGUUAGAUCACAUAGGGACUUGAUUUGGAUGCAUCUUGAAUUUAUCAGUUAGAUUGUGAAUUUAGAAUGUAUAGAUUUCAAAAAAUGGUUCUACUAAAAUUGUUACCUCACCGAUAGUGAAUAGUUAUCAAUUUAUGAAAACUUCAAAAUAAAAAAUUAA